UGCAUGUAUUCCUGUCAGAAACACGUACGAAAGAGCAGAGCAAACGUUCGGAAAUUGGAAAAAGUCUAACCCUACAAAAGAAGAAAGAAGAAGAAGGCAGUUGUUAACACCUGAGCUUAGUUCGUACCUUACUCGAACUAAUACGUUACUAAAACAGUAAAUCAUGAUGUAUAAUAGCCAGUAAAGUAUUUUAUUUCUCGAAACGGAGAAGGAGAGAGAGGAUGACAGUAAUCGCGAUUGAAUGGAGGAAUAACUAGAAUCCAACAGAUAUGUGGAAAUUAAGCCCAUGGAAUGAAGGCUUCAUCAUGAAAUGGUGGAGCUGGAUAGGCAGAAGGAUGUCCAGCAUGACAACAUUCCUCUUGUCAACCCUAGUCCUCCCUGGUGAAGCUGUAACCUGUAAUGAGGAUGACUUGCAAUUUGCAAAGCUGUACCACUGCAUAAAUGUUAUUGGCAGCAGAUCUAUGUGCUAUGUGCUGAAGGCAGUGUGGAGCAAGGAGAACCUUGGAGAAGAAAUUCAGACUUUAAGGCAUUAUUGCAGGAUCAAGCUAUCUUGGACACAAAAGGCUUUGAAAAUUUUUGAUAAGUUUGAACAACAGUAUUUGGAUAAUAAUAUCUAUAGUGAUGUUUAUGAUAUUUGCUACUUGUGCAAGGUGUUGCAAAAUGUGCUUGAUCAUGUUUAUUGCCAACUGGAUCCUGAUUGUCAAGAUCACAUCAAGAAACUUCAAAAGAAAAGGAACAAAGUGUGCCAUUACUAUGGGCACAUGGAGGGAAAUCUGAGCAAAGAGAUAGAUGAUCUUAAAGAGACUCUAAAAUCUAUCUACACAGGUGUUGGUAAAUGCCUUGAUAUUGAUUUUACUCAGAAUAUCAAAGAGAUGGAACAUGUACUGACUGAAAUCUUAGAUACUAAUUUUGUAAUUGGUGAGCAAGGUAAGGCAAUUGAAACAUUUGAAGAAAACAAACGGUCCAAGAUGAUCAUCCAGGGGCGAAAGGAGCUUGAAGCUCACUACAAGAAACUACGAGUGCUUAAUCCCUGUACAUGGAUAAACGACAAGGAUGACAAAGUCUGCAGAUUUGAGGUUGACAAGAUCUUUACACCCUUAAAGCUUGAGGGUCGGAUGGAAAUAGAACUGAAAGCCAUUUUUACUGCUAAAGUGCGAAGAGAUACCAUUUUGCCCCCAAUUUUGAUAUACAAGGGUUUGGCAGGAUCUGGCAAAUCUGCUUUGUGCCGCUACUUGAUCUUUAAUUGGCAUACAAAAAAGGAGGAGAUUGACAUGCUUAGCUCAUUUGACCUAGUUUUCUUUUUAGAAAUUAGGCGCAUCAGAUGCAGCAAGGUGAUAGAUUUCCUUCAAGAGACUCUGCUUAAAGAUACAUGUAAAAGUUUUGACUCUAAAGAUGUUAUAUUGGUACUGAAAGGCCUUGAUUUACUUUUUAUUAUUGAUGGAUAUGAUGAGAGUGGAGAGCAGGCCAAGAAACUUGUUCAGGAUAUUUUGGCCAUAUUCAGUGAGCAUCGGAUCAUAAUAACAACACGACCAGAUUACCAUGAAGAUGUAAUCAGCUUGGCAAAGAGAUAUGCAGCAUUCCAAUCUGUAGAAGUUUGUGGAUUUGAUGAUAGACGAAAGAAGGAGUUCACCACAAAAGUGUUCUCAGUGAUAGAAGAGGAUAAAGACAGAUGUAAGAGGCAGAUCAAUGACUUUCUGGAGUACCUUAACAACCGUGGACAAGCUCUGGAUGAGCAUCUGAAGUUACCUUUAACUCUGGCUCUACUCAUAUACCUUUGGAAAGAAAGUCCAGAUAUUGUAAACAGUGUUACCUCUGCUACCAGACUGUAUAUGGAACUCUUUAGGCUAUGCAAAAAAAAACUAGCUGAGCGUUUGUGUUGUACAAAGGUCUUCAUGGGUAGUAAACUUUACUCACAUCUUGAUGAUCUCAUUCUCUUGCUUGGGGAACAAGCAUGGUUAAUGCUCAAAGAUGCAAAAAAUUUAGUUGGUAAAGAUAUAUAUUGUAUUCUUGAAAAGGAAUGUAAAGCUAGAAGUAUUGAUAUUACUGAAUUGAUGUCUGCCUUUCUUAUGUGUCAUGUGGAUGAAGAUGAUGAUAAACUAGUGUAUGAAUUCUUACACAAGACACAGAUGGAGUACCUUGCAGCAGGAUUCUUAGCAGAUGAAAUAAAAAAGGGAAAGAGAACUCUUGAGGAUAUUGAACAAGACAUUGGGUAUAGCAGUUGGAGGCAUCACCAAGAAGUUCUAAAGUAUCUUACAGGUCACCUUGCUAUUCAUCGCCAGCAGAAGCCAGAUAUUCUUAAAAUCAGUUUUCCACACUUAUCAAAGUUGUUUAGUGUAGCCGAGAUACAAAGUAAUGAUUACAAUUACUGGUGGAAUUUAGUUGUUGAAUCACUGUAUGACCACUCGGUAUGUGAGGGAAUUGCUCAAAACCAGUUGCCUGUGAAAGACUGGGAAUUGAAUGCAAGACAAGUAGUUUCUGGCCUUAAUCUCUUAAUUAAGACAUCAGUCUCACUUCGUAACCUAAAUAUUGAAAUAUCAUGUGACGUAGAGCCAUAUGAAAUCAAAUACUUCCUGGAUACAAUGAAAAGUUUAAAGGUCGAAAUUGGACACCGCUAUAACAAGAGUUGCCCAAUCUUAGUUGAAAUGCAUUUCUGGCGGCAUGUUCAGUAUGACCAUGACAGGCCGUCAGAUGAAUUCCUGAGGACCCUGUAUCCUUGGGGUCAUCUUAUAAAUUUCACUGGAAGUCUUGGAGAACAACAACAAGGUAGGGAAGUUUUGGCCUACUGCUUCAAUCUGAAGAACAUCCGUGCACGUGUGUCAAGCCCCAAAGCUCUUGCCUGCCUUAGCAAGAGCUUGGAUAAGAUAUGGAAGUCAGUCCGUUGCAUACGGCUCACCCUUGUGAUACCUGUUGAAGUUAGGCCAGAGGAGCUCCCAGUGCUGAACUUCAGAGGAACUCUCGAGUUGAUGUUGAUGAAUAUCAGAGAUGUGGACAAGGAGUGGUUGGUGAAGGUUGUCAAGAGAAUUGGAGAGAAGUAAGGAUAAUUAUUAUUUUUUACAAUUCAUAUG